AUGUCUAAUUGCGUGCCGCAUGAGCCGGUGGUGUCACGGCUCUCUGGAUGCCUGUACGAGCGCUCGUUGAUCGAGCAGUACGUCGCCGAUCACGGCAGGUGUCCCGUCACUGGCGAGCCGCUGCGGAAGGAGGACCUCAUCAUGGUUCGACCGACGGUGUUGAAGCCGGCAGUAGCGGCCGCGGCCUCAGCGGGCGGGGGUGGGGCAGUAUCAUCCGGCAGUGAGACGGUUCCAGGCUUGCUGGCGAGGCUCCAUUCCCAGUGGGGCGCCAUUAUGCUUGAGCAGUUUUCGCUGCGGCAGCAACUUGCCCAGACACAGCAGGAGCUGGCGCAGGCGCUUCACCAGUACGAGUCCGCGUGUCGAGUGAUUGCGACGUUUAUCAAGGACCAUGACGCGGCAGGCGGGGAGAGGGCUCAGUUCUUGCGCGAUGAAAAUGAGAACAACGGUGACAACAGUGCGGGAACCUCGCUGCCAGACACCGCGUUAAGGGACUUAGGCGAGUACGACGCCCUUCAGCGCGUCAAGCGGAAGACCAGAGUGGCCUCGCCGUCGUUGGCCUCCGCCCAGAACGUGCGAGACUUUGUUGAGGACGGCUGCAUCGAAGUCGGGAAGAGUGUCUGGGCCGUCGCUCUCUCCACGGACAACACUGUUUUCGCCGGCAUAGACGACGCGACGGUUGCCCAAUACGACGUGGCAAACGGCCGCAUAUGUGCGACGGGUCUUGGGCACGAACGCGCCGUGCGCCACGUCGUCUCGUACAACGCCGGCGGCGCCCUCCGUGUCGUGUCGGCGUCUGACGAUGCCACGCUACGUGUGUGGAGCUGUGAGGCAGAUGCACUGCUGUGCCAGGGAGUUGUUCGCCAGCACAACAGCGGCGUUGUAGGACUUGGGGGAGUUAUGGCUGGACACCUGCUUCUCUCCGCGAGUGCGACUCGCAUUGGGCUGGCCGACAUUGGUCGCAUGGAGUCCGUCGCGUCCACCACGGCGGCGGCGGAGGGGCUCGAGGCCUUCAUGUGUUUGGGGGUGCACCCCUAUGGCUCCGUUGCUGCGCUCGGAGUAGACGGUGCAGGGCUCUGCAUCUGGAACACGCGUCAGAUGUGCGUGGACACCCUGGUCUCACUUCACGGCGAGGACAACGUCUGCAGCGUGGCGUUUAGCGCGGACUGCUUCACCGUGGCGACAGGGCUGCGUGGCGGCAAGACACUCCUGUGGGACCUGCGGAAGAUGUCAGGGCCGCUGCACACCGUUGCCCCCUUGUCGGCAACGCCCUCUACGGCGUCUUCUGCCGGGUGUAGCGACCUCCCUGUCGUUUCCUUCGACGGCAGCGGCAAAUACCUCGCGGUGGCCGGGAGAGAAAUCCGCCUCUUCGACUGGGAUAACGCGGUGUUGCAGGGCUUGGCAACGCUUAGCUUCCACCUGCAGCCCGCCACUGGGGUCUGCUGGGGCGUGGACGCGCGGAGCCUCACCAGCUGCUCGACAGACGGAACGGUGAAGUUGUACGGCACAGCGUGA